GCAACAACCCUGUGAGGCAGGUUACGCAGAGAGCGAGGGGCUGGCCCAACGCUUCAAAGCCAAGGUCGGAUUCGAACCCAGGUCUCGCAGGGGUGGAACUCUACCUACUACACCACACUGCCUCUAUACAAAAGGCACUUUUAAUUGUUCCCACACGCACCCCCUCUUCUUUCCGAUUCCACCUUCCAGACCCAGCGAGAGUUAACCGCGCCGCCGCCACUGCCGCCGGGAAGAGGAGGGCCGCUGGGCGGCGCCCGAACCUCCCGGAUCCCACCCGAAAGGAGGCGCCACCGCCGGCUCCAGCGCCGCCGCCUCGCCCUCUUCAAGUUGGCACUUUGAAAAUGUCUCUGCCGUUUGCCCGGGAAAGCCGAGGUCGCCGGGGUCCCGCCUCGGCCUGCCUCCGGCCGGGGCUUCCCUUUGCGCCCAAGCCCCGCUAGAGCGCGCCGGAUCCCGGCCUGGGAAAGCCCUUUCCCCCGCGCUGCACCUGCUCCUGCUCCUCCAUGCCCCGGCGCCAGCCAUGCUUCUCCGGCUCCUGCUGCUCGCCCUGCUCGGCCUGGGCCGGGCGCCGCGGCUAGGAGGCGUCCCGACGGCUUGGGGAGCCUCAGAGGCGCGCGGCGCGCACCGGGACCCGCCGCUCGGAGGCGCCGAGGACGCGGGUGCGGAGGGAGACCCGUGGUGCCCGUACAAGGUGCUGAGCGAAGGCCCCGACGGCGGCGGAGGAGCCUCGGGGGCGCAGGGCGGGCGCCUGUGUUUCCGCAGCCGGGCGCGGGGCUUCCAGUGCGCGCCGCGGAGCUGCAAAGCGCACCGCUCGCCCGGGCGCGCCCUGCUGGCCAACGUGCUCCUCAACGGCAGCGUCCUCCUACAGUGGGGCUGGCCUCCCCUGCUGGCCGAGGGAGAAGAAGACGGCGACGACGAGGGAGCCGAAGCUCCCACCUCCUCGGCCGAGCUCGGCCUGCUGCGCGGCUUCUCGCUCUCGUGCUCGUGGGAAGGCGCCUACACGCGUUUCCAGUGCGACCGCGUCCAGCUGGGCGCCGCUUGCCGCGACUACCUGCUGCAGGACGCGCACGGCAGCGUCCGCUACCGCCUCUGCUUGCAGCCCCUCUUCUCCGCCGCCGCCAACGGCACCGAUCCUGAUUCUGCUCCUCCUCCCCGGUGGCCUCCGGAAUGCGUGGAGUUCACCGUGGAGCCGGCCGGCAUGCGGGAGAUCGUGGUCGCCAUGACGGCCGUCGGGGGCUCCAUCUGCGUCAUGCUCGUCUUCAUCUGCCUCCUGGUCGCCUAUCUCACCGAGAACCUCACGCCCCCCGCCGCGCCCGCCGCCAAGAGGGGAAACUGAGGCGGGUUAAGCCCCGAGGAGCGCGCAGUGAGACCCUGGCUGCCCUCGGGUGGACGGGGGAAGAGAGCCCCAGCGAGCAACCUUUGAGCGUGCGCCUCGUGCCGAGGACGCACAACUGUGAUCCCUGCUCCGAAUUACUUUAUGUAAUCACGGGAGUAAGCCAUAACGGGGUGUAGCGUCGGAAGCCCACCCCCCUUUCAGAUUGGUUUCAAAUCGGAUGGGGACCUGUGUGUGGAGAUUCUUGCAUUGCAGGGGGUUGGGCUAGAUGACUCUGGGGUGCCUUCCAGUUCUGCAAUUCUAGUAUUCUUUCAGGUUUGCUUGGCUAUAAAGCCCCCCUCCCCGGGGAUUGCUUUCUGAGUAAGCCUGCCCAGGAGAAAGGGGCUGUGCAGGUGGUAUCCCUGGUCACAUUUACUUGGGAGAAAGCCUGGACUUUAACUGGCGAGCGGAUCCAGUUGCAAAUUAGGGCUGCAAAGGGUCUUGGCCUGAUUGGGGAAGCACUUCUUUUCAAAAUCCUUUUUAGCUCAGUUAAAAGGGUGCCUUCUUUGGAUGAAUGCCACACUUUAAAAAAUAGAUAUAUUUAGGUUAAUUUCUAAUAUUCCCCCUCUUCUCACACAUCGCCUUCAUCCUGAUUUGUUUGCAGGGUGGUUAGACAAUGCCUCAAAGGAAGCGUUGCCCUUCCAGUGCGUUUUCACUGUUACUUUCCUUAUUGCAAAAACUCCAGUCUUUGGGGGAAGCAGGUUUGCUGUGCAAGACCUCCCCACUAUAAUUGGCCAGGCGGUAGGUAGCUCAAUGGUAGAGCAUCUGCUUUGCAUGCAGAAGGUCCCAGGUUCAAUCCCCGACGUCUCCAGCAAGGGCUGGGAAUGUCACCUGUGUCUAAAACCCUGGGUCACUGCUGCCAGUUUGUGUUGCCAAUACUGGAUUAUAUGGACCGAGAGUCAGCUUCCUGCAUUUCUAGAACCUGAAUUUGCUGGUAUGUGAUUGGACCCCGCUCAAAGAGAGCAACGGUCUGGAAGCACCCUAAGAUUUGUGAAGUGGUUAUGAUGGUGAUGGUAGACUGUGCUAGACCAACCCUGUCUGUUGGGGGGGGCAAGGAGAGAGGGAGGCUCCCCUACUUUAUGAAGCAGUGGUUCUGGUCCUCUCUGGCUAGAGACCUCUGGGGGAAGCCCUCAUGCAGUUACCCAGGGCUCAUCUCCACACCUGCGCAUGUCACGUGACAACUGCACCAUCAAGUGAUGACUUGACUUGGAUUUUUGGAUUGUGGGUCAGUCACCACCUAAUAGGAAGUCCACUUGCUGCUUUGAGUGGUGUGAGCUCCCCAUUCACUGCCUUUUCUGGUUCUUUGAGAAAUUUGCAGGUAAAGUCCCACAUGCUCUGUUAACCCCUCACUGACUUCACUCACCUUGCCUGCCUGCACAACGUACAGGUGUUGUAUUUUAAAGAGGCAUCUCCAUUUUGGGGGGAGCAGCCCUUUUUGGUGAGAAGCGGUGGAAAAUGCCUCCAGUCUUGGAGAUCCCAGGGAUAGGGACCAUGUCUGUGGGGCUGCUGGCUAUUAGGAAAGAGACUGGUGUCUGCUCUGGGAGCAGGAGGGGGAUAAGAGGGGAAGCUAGGACCAAGGGGAAUCCCUUGGGUGGGUGAGCAGAAAUAUAAGGGCUAGCUGAAGAUGAUGCUGGGAACAGCUGUGAUGGAACAAAGCAACCUCUGGCUGUGCAUUCAUUUUUCCCCCUCCCCAAAGAAUCCUGGGAACUGUAGUUUGUUCUGGGUGCUGGGAAUUGUAGUGCUGUGCAGCGUAAACUGCAGUUCCCAGGUUUCUUGGAGUGGGGUAUGCUUCAAAGCACUUUGUGUAUGCAGCCUUUGUUUCUUCCCCAUUCAGAAGUCUGUUCUGAAUGCCAAAGCUCAGGUGGUGUAGGAAGUGCAGGAACAAAUGCAAAGUGCCCCUGAGCAUGUGCAGAGUCCACUUCUCCGAGCUAAGCAGCGGUUCCCUCCACCAGCUGGUUGGGGAAGUGGGGGAAGUUGGACACCUUCAGAAAAAGUACAUAAGCAUUUCUCCAUGGCACCUGGCCCCGUUGAAGCAAAGUAGGGUUGCCUCCAUUGCAUCAGCUAUAGCUUAGAGACACACCUGGACUGGUCCAGAAGAUGCAUCUUCUCAUCCAUCAUGUCUGGGACUUGUUAGCCUGCAUCUGGACCAUAGAUGGAAUUGAUGCUUCAAGUAAGGAGAACCAGGCACCUCUCUUCCCCAAGAGUUGAGCUGAAUUCUUGAAGCAGAAAACCCCAGAACUCAAAUGUGAGAAUCUGCCAUCUGAACUUUUGAAGUUUUGAAAAUGCUGUGUUUUAAAAAAAGAUCUCGAAGCAACUUUUUCUAUGCUGUCAUAAUCCAACACCUGCUUAGACGGGGGACAGCGUGUAGCAAUGAGCACAUAUGUGGGUGGCUCUAGGUAUGUCCCCCAAACCUUUGACCUUCAGCACAAAGAAGUAGAUUCUUUUAAAAAAGAAGGGGGGGAAAGUGGUUUUCAGGUUUUAUAUAUGGGGGGGAAAUGAAUUUGAAGUCAUUCGUUUCAAAUUGUUGUCAAACAUCGUUCUGUGUCUAACCGUUCUCAAAUAACUUUAGAGGGAGAUGGAGGCUUCCUUGAAACUAGAGUUUCCCAGAGACGAAAUUCAGGUUUUGAAAGGAUUUUAGAGUUAGACUAGGGGUGGCUAAGAUGAUGACUUCUGGGUGUCCCUGAGGCUUGGGCCCUCCGGGUGUCGCUGAACUACAAUUCCCACCAUCCCUGGCUAUUGACCAUGCUUGCAGGGACUGAUGGGAGUUGUAGACCAACAUGAGUCAGAGGGCACCAGGUUGACUUUCCCUGAGGUCAGACUUUGCAUUAAAGCAGUUGUGAGGAACUUGUGGCUCUACAGACAUUGCUGGACUAAAGCUCCCAUCCUCCCUUGCAAGUGUGGCCAUAGCCAGGGAAGAUGGGAGUUGUAGUUCAGAGACACCUGGCAAGCCAGAAGUUUCCCACACCUGCUUAAAAUAAGAUUGGUAAACGGUUCUGUUGCUUUGUUUGCUGAAUUUUCUCUGGAUUGGUUUCAAGGGAGGAAAAACUUUCAUCUCGCUCAGGUGCUUAGAUAUCGUUUUCUGUUUCUGUGAUGGGAAAACGUAACACAGUGGUGAAAUGGGGAGCAUAGAUGCUCAUUCGAUCAGACUUCCUUGUUUGGGUGGCAGUAACGUGUGUGAAUUUUCUGCCAGUUUUAGUAGAAAGUCCUGCAUCGCCGGGGUUUAGACUAGAUGUCCUUCGGUGUCUCUUCCAGUGCUACUGUUCUAUUAAAUGGUCGCUCUAGGGCAAGGAUAGGAAAUCUGUGGCCCUCCAGAUAUUGUUGGACUAGCGCCGCAGACCACCCGAUGUGGUCUUUAUCUAUCUACCCACCGUAAGGUCCUUCUGCAGGUCGCAACAGUACGGAAAUACAGUAUUAAAAUCAGUUAAAACAAUUGGUAAUUGGAAAAACAGGGUGGGCCCUAGAAAUCUCUAUCGGGUCAAGUUGGGGGACCUCCCAGGUAUGCGCCCCCAGUGAAAAAGCCCUCCUCCUGUGCCUGCUUGCAAGUAAGCAUCACGCCAUGGUGAUAAAUAACUGGACUCCAUUAGUAGUGCCCUUACCAGGCAGUGAAGAAGAAGGUGAUUUUUCAGGUAAUCAGCUCCAGAGUUAUUUGGGGCUUUGUUCGCAGGGAACAGACCCCUAAAACUGGUUGGUGGCUAAAUAGGUGUGGAGCCUGACUUGGUUCCCAUUGGGAUAGCUUAGUCGGUGGAGCACGAGGUUGUGGGUUCGGUUCCCUGUCCUUGUCUAGCCUUGUGGAGGAAGGGCAGGGCUCAGUUAAAGGCCCCGGAGUCUGAAAAGUGAAAACGUGAAGUGUAGUAGAUGCUGGCCCUUUGGGGCAAAUGAGGCAGUGCCCUGCUAACCCCUGGCUGCCCUCUGCCAGGCCGUUCCCACCUCCCUGCCUUCUUACAAUCAGUCCCUGGCUGGCGGCCUUCCUCUUACGGCUUGUAAAACUCAGCAGGGAGGAAGAUGGGGUCAAAACUUGCUUGCCAUUGCCUUUGGCUCCCCCUACUGUUGGCCUCCUGCAUUUCAGCCCGACGGACACCAGUCACUGUCACCGGAGUGAGGAGAACCUUUAAUAAGCAUGAUGUAAAAUUGAGUUACGUGGGUGAUUUCCCCUGUCACCAAUGCACAGAAGCUGUCCUUCUGGCAAAGGCACCUCCCACCACUGUGGUCCACUAACUGUUGUCAACGCUUUGGCCACCUGGCUCUCAGCCCUUCUCGCUUACUGCUUCUGUAACACCCCAGUUGUCGCCAUGCUGUGGUAUUAACUAUCUUGUGCCUUAAGUGUCCCCCCUCCCUUUGUGCUCUCUCCACACCCACCACACACACACCACACACACACACACCACUGGUUUCCGCUCCAUCAGUUUUACGGGAUAACAAAUACUUUGCUGUUGUCUCUUUUACAGUAGCUGUAAAGGCAUUUUAGUUAACAAGCUGUUAAAUUACGUUUAAUUGGUUUAAUUUGGUUUGUUGGUGAUUUCCCCCACCACCACCAAAAAAAAGCAAUUGCCAGAUCUCAUUGUAGGAGAUCUGUUUGAGGACCUUUGAAUGGUAGCUGUGGUUUUCUCUUUUUUUGGUUAGCACAAUCUGUGUCUAGUCGUUCGGCAUUUCUACAGCAAUACCAAUGUGUGUAGAUUGUUUUAAAAACCGUUUCUGCUAGUUCCCCCCAUGUUAACAGAUGGGAGCUGUGCCCCAUAGAGAAUAACUAGCCCAAGGCUAUAUGCCGUGUUCCCAGCUGAUUUAUUUUGUCAUUUUUUAAAAUAAAAAAACACACACAUUAUAAUGAAUGCUUUUGGGAGCAAACACGCAAAGUGGCUUACACACAAUUACAUAUGUAUUAAAAAUCAGUUUCUGGAUCCUGUCUCUUUGUCACCGUGUGGCGUGACCAAGAAAUGGAAUUCAGGGUGGAGCUAUGCAAAUAAGGAGCGGGCUCGAUUCUCAGUGGCUCCCAUUACCUUCUGUCAGGAGCAAAUAAAAGUUAAUAAAAACAA